AUGUCUUUUGCUUCAUUUCUUGUGUUCAAUAGAUACGCAUUUCCAGCUUAUAUUAAUAUGUUUCUAAUAGCUUAUGCAUACAGCUUUAUUCAUUUUAUUUCAUUCUGUAUUAAUGUUCUCAUAAGUUAUGCUUCGAAUAUUAAGGACAUUCCAAUGAAUCCUGAAUGUAAAAUAAAUAUCGUUGAAACUCUUUCCUCGUUGUACAAUUCCAUUUAUUUUUACUCUGUAAUUGCAUAUUUAUGCACUGCUAAACCACCAAUGAUUUUUGUAGCAUUAUCAACAUUUGUUUAUACAAUUUCAUUCUCAAUUUUGAACUGUUUAUUCGUUGUUAUACCUGGAGAUAAUCUCAUGAAAAUAGAAAAAGAUUUGACUGAAAGUUUAAGUCAAUGUGAGAGAUCAUUAGAGGAUAAAAAAUUCAGAGAAUCCAUUAAAUUUCUAUUUUUACAAAUAGAAAACCAACCGAUGAAAUUAGUUUUGUUCAAGAUUUUGUCAAUUGAAAUACCAACAGUUUCAAUAAUUGUCAUGGAAAUCUUCAGUUGGUGUUUUACUCUACUCCAAUUUGACUUGGAAUCAAAUCAAGAUAAUUAA